AGGUGACUUUAAUAUUUAAAAAUCAAUAAACAAUAUUUUUAAAAUUUAAAUCGUUCAUAUAUUUUGAACGUUAAUAAUUAUUAAGUGAAAGUAAAUUUAAGUAUAAAAAUAUAUCUCUUUUUAUAAAAUCAUUAUGCAUUCCUUAAGAAGCAACAAAAAGUGUGGAUUAUUUAUACUUAUAUCUUAAUACAGGAUCAUUGAAUUGUGCUAAGAAUGGAUAAUUCACAGAAGUACAUUACAAUAUCGGUAGCAGCAUUUAUUUGUUACUGCAAUACUUUGGGUGGAACGUUUGUUUUUGAUGAUAAUGAAGCUAUUGUUAAAAAUAAAGAUGUAAUGCCGUACACGAAUAUUUGGAACAUUUUCAAAAAUGAUUUUUGGGGAACAGACAUUACUUUGAAUAGUAGUCAUAAAUCAUACAGGCCUCUCACAAUUUUAUCUUAUAGAUUGAAUGUGCUUUAUUCAAAAGAUAAACUAGACGCAUUUCAGUUCCACGCUACUAAUAUAAUACUCUAUGGUCUUCUUUGUUUGCUAUCUGUACCUGUUUUUGAAUUAUUUUUGAAAAAAUCCAAAUAUGCUACAAAUGUCCAUGAUAUCGCUUUUUUGUCUGGUCUACUUUUUACAGUACAUCCUGUACAUACUGAGGCUGUUGCCGGAUUAGUAGGUAGAGCAGAUAUACUAAGCUCAGUCUUAUUUUUCGUGAUAAUUUUACUGUAUCAGAAAGUUAGAAACAGUACUGGAGAAUGUACAGUGUUUUGGUUUACUGUUGUUGUCGUCUUGACUGGUUGUGCUGUACUUUGUAAAGAAACUUCAAUAACUGUAGUGGGUGUACUAAUAGUAUAUGAUAUCUAUAGAGUGAAACGAAAAUCAAUAUCCUGGAUGGAAAUGCUCAAAUUUUGGUUAAUUGUGAGAUGCUCAUUAGUUCUUAUUGCAGGAUUGUGUAUAAUGUAUUAUCGUUUAGAAGUAAUGAAUUUCGAAGGUCCUCUUUUUACUGACAUGGAUAAUCCAGCAGCUUAUGCUCAAAAUGUUUUUACUAGGGUGAUGUAUCAAUUUAUUUAUCAAAUAAUAUUUGUACUACUAAAAUUUAUCUCCAGACUUAAUAAUUUGUCAUUUUUUCUCAAGGUUUUUACGUACAACUACAUUUAUUUGUUAAAUUUUUUAUUAAUGCUGUGGCCUCAAUGGUUAUGCUUUGAUUGGUCAAUGGGAUGCAUUCCACUAAUAGAAAAUAUUUGUGAUAUUCGUGUUAUAUUUGUUGUACUAUUUUGGAUGAUCCUAAUAUUUGGAAUGUUUUCUUUGUUGAAGCAAAAUUAUGAGAAUGAAAUUUUAGAUGCUCGAAUAAUGGCAGUGUGUAUUAUAGUAUUACCUUUCUUUCCAGCUUCGAAUAUUUUUUUUACUGUUGGUUUUGUAAUAGCUGAACGAACUUUAUUGCUACCGAGUGCGGGAUUUUGUCUUUUGGUCGUUAUCGGAUAUAAAAAACUUUUCAGAAAAACUCAAAAUAAUAAAAUUUGCUCUUGUUUUUUUUAUGGUUUGUUAAUAAUUUUUGUGCUGAGAACGAUAUUGAGAAACAUGAAUUGGCUAACGGAAGAAAAACUAUUUUCUUCCGCAUUAGAUGUUUGCCCAUUAAAUGCCAAAGUACAUUAUAAUAUAGCGAAAAUUGCCGCAGACAAUAAUAAUAAAGCCGUUGCUUUGGAAGAAUAUCGAAAAGCUAUUCAGUUGAAUCCAAAAUAUGAACAAGCGAUGAAUAAUUUGGCAAAUUUACUAAGGGAAGAUAAAAAAUUCGAGGAAGCUGAAGUAUUGCUCAGAAAAGCUGUUGACGUAAGACCGAAUUUCGCAGCAGCCUGGAUGAAUUUAGGGAUAGUUUUGACAAACCUGAAUCGAUCAGAUGAAUCAGAACAUUGUUACAAAAUGGCGAUAAAAUAUAGAAACAAAUAUCCGGAUUGUUAUUACAACCUUGGAAAUUUGUAUUUGGAUUUGAAACGAAACGAGAAUGCUUUAAAAGCUUGGGAAAUGGCUGUUUUGUAUAAACCGAAUCACGUGGCAGCUUGGAGUAAUACUUUAGUAUUAUUGGACAGUAUGAAAAAAUACGAUGAAGUAAUAGAAUUGGGCCGAACGGCUCUUAUUCACAAUCCGAAAGCUCCGGCGUUACAUUUCAGUUAUGCAAACACUCUUGGUAAAUUACAGCAAUUCGAAAAAGCCGAGGGACAUUUUUUGGAAGCCAUCAACUUAAAUCCAACAAACGGAUUGUAUUACUCUAACUUAGGUGUUCUUUAUCACAGAUGGGGUAAAAAGGACAAAGCUCGUCAAAUGUAUACGAAAGCAGUUCAAAUUGAUCCUAAUCUAAAGUCCGCCGAACUGAAUCUCAAAAGACUAACAAAAGAAGCUCAAUAAUAAAAAAAAAAAAAUAAAACAAACCUCAUCAAUUAUAACGUAUACUAUUUUAUUUAUUUUUUUUGUGAUUUUAUAUAUGUAAAUAAACUAUUUAUUAUGUC